CACUCAUACUGAACUGUACGCGCAUGCCUCUAAAGUAAACCAACCUGCAUCGGCCCCUCCCAUCCACUCCUACCGCAAGUCCCAGGGCACUCAAUCAGCAAGCGCCAGCACUGCGACUGUGCCCUGUUCUCCGACUCCAGGCUCGUCCUGACCUGACCAAACUGACGUCUCGCUGCCCCAGAGUGGGCCGCGCGUUAACUUUUGGGUAACUUGUACCUCAAUUAUAACCCGUAGCUUACAGGGCUACGGGGACAUCGCCAGGGAGAGAUCCGUGCAAUCGGCCAAUCGCGAUAAGACAGCAGAGGCCUGACCUGUUUCGGGCCUGGGCGGGUAUUUUGGGGCUUCGAUCUUUCUUUAUUGCUUUGCGUGUCCCCGGUGGACUUUUUUUGUAGAGCUUCAAACUACCUUUUUGUUGACGAGGCAGUAUCUGUGAUUGCUUCUUGAUCUACGCUGUGAAAGGAUACCUUGUUGUGUAUUCACAGCUUCUUGGAGUCGGUGAGAGCUUGCCGCUCAUAUUACUACACCGCAACUUUCCGGCCAGACUAGACCAGCAUCUCCCAACAGCAUUUUGGGUGAAUGAAGCUGGUCCUCAGCCCGGACCACUAGCACCUGGAAUUUACACAUCAUGGAGACAAUAACGAUCGUGAACAAGUCUGGGAAGAUCGUGGGCACAAGCAAGCACCUCCUCAACAUAUUCAAAGAAGCGAAAUACGCCUACCAAGAGAAGAAAGCCGAGAUCCGAGCAGAGAUACACGGCAAGAAUGAGGACAAGCUGGCGAGGAGGCUCGAGAAUGUCCGCCUCGAAGAGUCCAGAUCCGUAGCUUCGUCGAGGCGCUCACAUCGCAGUCAUAAAAGUCGUCGGCCGAAGCAUGAAGGCGAGUCGUCGAGGAGACCAGCCACAGCCCUUACGGAACGGAACUUAGCUGCCGCAUCAGAAGCAAGCGGAAGCGUCGCGGGCUCAAGAUAUGGUGGCUCUAGACCUGCGACUUCGCAUCGAUCGCCAACGGUCUACCAAGCGCCGUAUCAAGCUCCAACGGUCUACCAAGCGCCAUACACCGAAGACUACAAUGCCUCGAGACCUACCCUCGUCCGACACCACACGGAUUUCCCUCCUCGAUACGAGCCCGCGCCUAUGGGCUACAACUAUCACGACUACCCACCUCCGCCUCCCCUUCAGCGUUCCAUGACCUCCCCGAAUCCCAACCAUGACGAUGGUAUCGAUAUGAAUAUGGCAUAUGGCGAACUCCCGCCCGACCUGGCUAUGCAAGUCUACCCACGACAGCAGGAGGAGCAAAAACAGGAGUUAAAUGGCCUCAUGUCCAAGCUCGAUCACCUAAUGGUUGAAGCGCACUGCGUGCAACACACCGCUACUACGAUUAUCGCCUCGUUACAAAAGAACCCCGAGGCCAUGGCAGCGGUGGCUCUCACACUCGCAGAGAUCUCUAACAUCCUCACGAAGAUGGGCCCUGGCUUCCUGGCUGCGAUCAAGAGCUCCUCGCCAGCUGCAUUUGCACUACUCUGCUCGCCGCAAUUCCUCAUCGCCGGCGGUGUCGCAGUGGGCGUCACGAUCGUCAUGUUCGGCGGAUACAAGAUCAUUAAGAAGAUCCAGAAGGAGAUCAGCGACAAGAAGGAAGUGGACGAGAGCUACCGCGUGGACGAAGCUAUGGUUUUUAACGCAGACAACUACAGUAUCGAGUCUUGGCGCCAGGGUAUUGCGGAGGUUGGGGGGGAGAGUGUCUCGACCAGCGUGGAUGGGGAGUACAUAACCCCUAAAGCGGAGAUACUGCGCAAGCAGCGGAUCAGGGACAGAGCUAUGGAGGAGCGGAGUGGUGCGCCACGGUCGCCAUCGGUGGGCGCGAGUAGUAACGCGAGCACGGUCAGGAGGAAGCCGGUGCCGGUGUAUAUGGAUUCGAGUCGGACGGUUGUGACGGAGAGUGCGCGGACGGAGAGGUCGAGUCGGACGUCUAAGACGACUAAGAGUCGGCGGACGUCGAAGUCGGAGACGGGGAGGUCGGAGAGCACGGUGAAGCCGAAGAAGGAGAAAGAGGGGAAGGAGAAGAAACCGAAGAAGCAGUCCGCGAUUAGUGUCCUGUUUAAGGGGUCAUCGUCGAUUAAGAAGGAUAAGAGUGUCGUUUGAGAGUAAAUGAGCGUGCGAUACCAGUGCCAGCAAAAAUACAGCGGAAAUACACAGUUGGGAAUCCUUUUUGGGGGUGUUCUUGGAGCGAGUUUUUAUACGCAUGGUUGCGAGACCAUCCACCUCAUCUAUACAGAUGCCUUUUUUAUAUAGAGGUAGAAUAUUUUGUAAUAAUUACAGGAAG